GAAUUCUUUAAAAUUAAUAUUUUGAAAACAAACAAAAUAUUUUCCCGAGCCGCAACAACCCCCCCUCUCUUCGUCAACCCCCUCCUCCUCCCAUCUCAACCUACUCCCACACCACACCCCACACAGCCACCCACCCACCGAUAGCCAUCUCUGCCCCAACGCACCCACCACCACAAACGACCUUACCGCCCCAAACGCCCAAUAGUCAAGCGACACCCAAACCCCAAAACUCUUUUUUUUAAAAAAAAAAAAAUCCCCGGAUCUAGAUUUGGUGGUUGAAGAAAUAUGGGGAAAGAGAGAAAGAGAGGGAGAGAGAGAGGGUACAGAGAUCCUAGCUAUAACUGCCAGUAUAGAUGAUUUAUGUUAUUGUGGUUAUGUUUUCGGAGGAGAAGCUAACAAAAAGCGAGGAAGAAAAUAGAAAAGUCCUUUGAGCCUUUGCCAUUGGAGCUUCUGUGUUGGCUUUUACGCCAAUUAAUCUUUUCAACAUCUAGAUUCCACCGCGCCCACCGCCGCGCCGUCGCCGAGUUUGGGUCCUCACCUCCACUCGGUUUAAUUCCUUACCAGUACGGUAUAAUCAAAGAUGCCCCGUAAACCAGUGAGGCAUCGCCGAUUGAUGAAAUAUCAACCUCUGACUUUUUCGCCAUUUGCUCGUCAAGUCGCUCGGGUUGCCUCCAGCUGCAUGUCCAACCGCCAAAUGCACAGCCCAGACCUCCCGAAAAAAUCUCAACCUAACUCCGCAGGUAAUGGAUUGAGGAAGAAUACUUUGAAAGUCAAGAAUGAACACUCCGAGUCUUCUGAUGAAGAAGAGUUUGAUGGAACUGUGCAAGCAGAUUUUGCUUUCUUUGAUCCAAAACCUGAUGACUUUCAUGGAGUGAAGACCUUGCUACAGACCUACCUUGAUGAUAUAGAAUGGGAUUUGAGUGGUUUUGUAGACUUAGUUUUGGAACAGACCACUGUAGGAACUGUUGUUAAAAUAGAGGAUGAUGAAGACAAUGGAAUUUUUGCUCUUGCUACUGCCCUUAACUUGGGCAGAUAUAAGGACCACAAAUGUUUUAUGGAGGUUAAGGAGUUUCUCCUUAAGGUAUCUCAGGAGAAGGAUGUAAUAGAUGACCUGCGAUCACUUUUGGGAAAGGAAGCAGAGAGUGUCGGUCUCUUGGUCUCUCAACGGGUGAUGAAUUUACCUCCACAGCUCUUGCCACCUCUUUAUGAUGCGCUCUUUGAUGAAGUCUCUUGGGCUACAGAAGAUGAGCCAACAGAGGAGCUCCGCAAUUUCUUUCGUUUUAAGUUUUAUAUAAUAGUCAGUAAAGUUUACAAGCACAAAAAUGCACACCAGAAAAAGGGCAUGAGUGCUAGUGACGAGGAAAUAAUAUAUAUAAAGCCAGAAGAUGAAAUUUUUCAUGAGCUAAGCUCCUGGUCGUUUGAAUUUUCUUUGCACACUCAGCAGCUUGCAACUCAUGAGCUGAGAGACUAUAGGCAGAUGGGGUUAGUCAUGGCAGUUAAAGCAGACAAGAUCCCUGCAUUUCGACAGCAGUUAAAAUCUUUCGUAGAGGGAUCAUGAUGCUAAUCGAAAGUUACCAACUCAUUGGUAGCUGUCCGCAGGAGUUGCAGGUGCCAAAUUUUGAUUUAUAUUUGAAGGCAUGAGGACAUUCACAUGGUGAAGGUUUUGGAAGCGCUCGUUGGUCCCAAAUGGUCCCUCAAAAGAUUCAUCGAUAAAGCAGAGCAAGGAAAGGUACAGAAAUAUUGUAUUGAGAAACGUGUCAUGGACCAUCAUGAGUUACUAUCUCCCAGAUUCUAUAUGAACCAGAAAGGAAAAAAUAGCGAAAGUUUGAAACCAUCCAAAAGAAGUGGAACUUUACGUAUGAGGCCAAAGAAGAGGACCAUUAUCUUAUAAUAUUUGUGAUUUUAAAUUUUGUGUGGCGAUAAGAACAAUAUACAUGGAAUAUUUGCUUCAAC